AUGACAGCUCUUAAUAAGUCGGAGGAGGUAGCUGCGAAAGAACAAAAGAUUUUGGAAAAGCUAGAAAAGCUUGACACGAUAGAACUGUCUUUGAAGAAAAUUGAAUCCAAACUGGCAAAGCUAGAAAUACAAACGACAGAGUUGGAAGCUUUCAAAGAAGAAGCCAAGAAGGGCAUAAGCGAGUUGAAAGAUGGCGCCAACUUUGCUGGAAAACAAUUACAGGAGAAGGCUCAAGAGUCAGCAAAGGCACAAGCAGAAAUUGCAGAGCUCACAAGGAAGGUGCAAAAACAUGAAGAAGCAGUUAAGGAGACCGAGUCAAAAAGCUUAUAUCUUGAGGCCUAUUCUCGACGCGAAAACAUCAAGUUUAUGAACAUCGAAGAAGGACCUCAAGACCAACCCGAAGACACCGAGGAGAUUUUAAGAGCGGAUGUCAGAAAAUAUCGACCAGAGGUCUGCAAAAGCCAAAAAUCGAAAAUUCUCAAAAAAAUUCACAAAGUAGCACUAGGUAAGCUGUUAACAUAAAUAUAAUUUUUACUUCGAUCCGAUAAUUAUUUUAGACGUACGGGGGGGGUUGAUUUCGCGGCUCUCGUACAGGGUUUUACAGGCCCGAGACGGUGUGUCACGAAAAAAUCGUUUUAAAAAUCAAAUCAAUUGUAAUGCAAACAGCAAAUAACUUAUUCAGAAAAGUACAUAAUUAUACACAUUUUAAGGGGUGAUUUACUCAGCUUCAACGAAAAUGUAAUAUUUUGGAGAUUUUUCAUUAUUUUCAAUAUUUUGAACGUUUCCUUUCGAUGAAAAAAUGGCAAAUUUCAAAGCCCAAAAUCAUCGACUGGUACCUCGAUUUCAGUAAAGAGUCUUAUACCACGUUAAAGAACGUUAUCUCUUCUUUCAAAAUCUUUUUUCAAAACUAUGGGCAACUUAAAAGAAAAUUUUUGAGGCCAAAAAUUACAAGUAGUACUUUUCUGAAAUUUGAGCUUUCCUCGCUCAGCGGGGCGAUGCUAAAAACUCCUAAAAAUACUAUAAGAAAUCAGUUUGAGCAACAGUGGUUUGAUGUUAUCAGUUUUCACAAACCAAGGCGUGUUUAUCCAGCGAUCUGAUAUAAUUUAAAACCGUUUGCUAACAUGGGAAAGACAGAUUUAAGCUGUCAACUCCUGCCAAGUGCACGUUGUCAAAGCGUAAAGCACUAAUUAAAAAGGUCUGAAAAUUCAAAACUUUUUACGUCCAGGAAGUCAGAUUUUAGCGUACAAAACAAUGUUGUGAGUGUUUGUUGUUCGUACUUUAACAUGGUGUUCCCAGAUAUUGGAAAUGUAAAGUAUCCACACGGGAGAACAGAUCAACAACAGCAAAAAUCCAAACGGCAAAGAUUGCGUUACAUUUCACAGAACAACCGCUUACCACUGUUGUCACUCUAUGCAUGCUUUCACUGGAAGCUGCGAGAAGUUUUCAUUCCUUAGGUAUGAUUCUUGAUCAGCGCUUUCUUGAAAGUACGAACCCAGACAGAAUAGGAUAAGGACAUUUCUCAAGACUCCUGUUGUUUUUUCCAGCUUUAGUCUCCUUAGCCUUGAGCGCUCCUCUCUUGCGGUUUUCGCGGGAGUUCAGGGUGUGGUCCACCUAGUAUUUCACGUCUCCAUUAAAUGAGAGGCAGACCUUCUUUGUUCACCAUUUCGUUGUCAGGCAGCGCCUUAUAGAGUCAGCCUUUCGUUGGUUUUUUGUCAAUGUCAUUUGAUUACUCACUAUACGCUAGAUCCUGGCCUUGUAAACUUAUGCUUUUUUACUCUGAGGGAGCCAAAUAACUAUAUUAAAAGGGCAUCCCCCUUUUUUUCUUCGUUUAGCGUCGUUCGACCGAAACAAUUUUUUGGCAUUAUCACCAAAAAAAAGGGGGGGAGGGGAAGGAAAGGAAAAAGAAACGACAAGGUUUAACUUUUUUGUCCUAAUUCUUUUAAUUGAAAGAUAAGCAUUAUGACCACAUUUCCAGGUAUAAGAGGUUCGGUGGUGUAUCGCUUUUUCGAUGAAAUCGACCACUUUAUUUUCUGCCAUAUUGAGUUUGUUUCGAUUUGGUGAUUGUCUUUUUUAGAGAGCCUCGCAUAUCUCCUCGUGCGCCCGUUUUUAUCACGCCCUGCUUCGAACCGCCUGCUACACAGCUAUGUCUCGUUGUUUUUAAGCUCCACCAAAGGGAACCCACGUUCUUAUUAGUAAACUGCACAUGGAAAUUAAAAAGGUAAGAACUUACCUGUUCUGUUCUUGUACAAAAAUAAAAAGUGCGGGGAUUUAGUGAACGUUUGGGCAAUGGGGUGGGGUUAGGGCUCAUUUCUGCACUCCGAUUCACUCGCGCGUUGUCAAAAACUAAAGGAUAAACGUCUGUGGACAGACUAUUCACGUCUAGACAUCAUGCCUUACUUACGGUAUGAUGGAAAUUAUCGCCUCUCCCUGUUCAUGGAGUUGAGUCAAUUAAGGUGUUGACUUCAAUUACGUGAUGCCCUGUAAGUUGCCGGGACAUGUUUCACAAGGAUCUUUCCAUAGCUACGGAGUCCGCCGCCAUCUUGUCAACCGCGCGAGAAAUGAUGUACUUCACAAAAACAAACUUAAAGAGAAGUUAUUUUCGAUUUGCCUUGCCACCCACCACCGAAAGUCCGGGACAUGACCACUUCAAACAACUCCCCACCACCGGGCCCGAAGGGCUGGAAUUGUCGGUGCUUUAAGGUAUGCAGGGCAGGGAAGGUGUAUUUAGUUAUUUACAGAAACUUUCAGUUUUCAGCCUCUUCAGCAAGGAAAGACACACUAUCAACUCCCCGGUAUGGCCAGUGCUGACAGUGCUGAUAACGAGUUUCGAGAAACGUCGCCAGAAAUGAACCUUAAAAACUUUUUAUGAAACGGUGUAAAAACAAACAAACGAACAAACAAACAAAAAUUACUCUGAAAUCGCACACAAAACAGAUUAACAACGCUUCUUGAAUAAGACGCUUAAUGUCCCAUUUAUAAGAGCAGGUCUUAAGUUAGCAGGGGUGUAGCGUCCUUUAUACGCACAUACGCCCGUGCGUACAGCUGAAAUCUGGAAAAUGUAUAUCUUUUAUUCCCAGAAAGCAUUAUUAUCAUAAAAUCGGGAUGAUUCAUAAAUCUUUCGCAUUAUAUUAGUGCCUUUACCCGUCUAGACAUGUCUCACCCUUUGCUUGAAAGCUCCUUGAUGGCGUCGCUCUUUUAUUUUUUUCCCGUAAACAUUGCACCUUACCGACAACACGUUUUAAGAGAAAAAAAUUAAACAUCUAAUAUUUGCAUUUUCCUUUGUAUUUAUUUAUUAACUGAAAAUAUCCUGUGGAAAACACAGGAUAUAGCAUUUCUGAGCUGAAGAUCCCCCAAAUUUGCAGUACCUUCGCAAUUCGGAGGUCCAACCUUUGUCCGUGCAUGUGUACAUCUUCAAAACCUCACGCUACGCCCAUGGUUAGAAGCUGCUAUACAUACAUAGUUUGCGUCAUAUAUUCCGGCUGGUAAAGGAUUCAUUUUUGAGUGAAAUUGUCAGUAAACAACAACACCGGCAUGCUGAGAUUUAUUACAGAGGCAGCAUUAAGUUAAACGUUUGAUGAGAGUCUUAUUUCUUCCUACGAAAACUCUUAUUUGCUGCAAUAAAAGAAAACACAAUGUUAUUUUUGAACUACACAGUGAAAAAAAAAAAUUGUGAAAAUCAGAAAGAGAUUGACAGACAGUUGGCUAUGAGCAGGCCCUCAUUGACGAUAAAAUAUAUCGAAAAAAGGCCGAAGAACCGUGACAGAGAACGCUCCGGCUUAGCUACAAAAAUCCGAAUUUUUUGCAGGACUUAGCAAGAUUUUUUCAGAAAGGACGAGUCAUAGCUAAGUCACGUCUCACUUCAAAUGAAACGUGUUAUUUGUACAGGAGGUUAACGUCCCACUUUAGAUACGUACAGGCUUGUCUAAACCAGUGACACUUUGAAACGUGGUAGGUGUCCCUCUUCGGGUCCAUCCCUCACAUCGUCAAAUCCCUCAGGUUAACCAAGGAUUCGAUAACUAUUAAUCCUAGCUGUUUCACCCAUUUCACCCAUUUAUUCACUGUGUGAAUUUUUUAUUUAUUUUUUAGCUUAUUUCGAGGAAAUACUUGUUGCUUCAUAUCCAGGGUGGGCUUUAAAACAUUUUUUGAGCCAAAUGGUUUUUGCGUCAAUUUGCUUACCCGAACUUUUCCUCGAAAAAACGACAAAUAGCCGACAAAUGCUCGAGUUGUUGUUGGUGUUGGCAUAUUUCCUAUAAAUUCAGGAAAAUGUCUCGUGAAGAAGAGUUCAGAACUUGAUCAUAAAGUAUCAGUGCCGCGCGCUUUGCCAGUAAGUGUUGCCUCGAAAUACGAGCCCAAGAACAGGUGGUAAGCGGUCAAACCGUGAGAAGUAACGCAAUCGUCAACUCGAUCUCCGUCGACCUUUGAGAGCAGUCAAAGAUUCUGUUGCCGAUGCUGCCCGUGAUGUUUUUUAAUUCCAAUAUCUAGGAAACCUAUGCUAAGGUAUGAAACAUACACUCAUAAGCAUUGUUCUGUUUGGUAAAAUCCAAUUCCUGGACGCAAAAACGUUGUGAUUUUUAGAGUUUAUCUGGUUUAUUAUGGUGCUUUGCCCUUUGACAACCUUACGUGACUAGUGCACUUGGCAGGAGUUGACAGCUUAAAUCUGCCUUUCCUAUGUUAACAAACGGUUUUAAAUUAUAUCAGAUCGCUGGAUAAACACGUCUUGGUUUAUGAAAACUGAUAACAUCAAACCACUGUUGCUCAAACUGAUUUCUUACAGUAUUUUUCCGAGUUUUUAGCAUCGCCCCGCUGAGCGAGGAAAGCUCAAAUUUCAGAAAAGUACUACUUGUAAUUUUUGGCCUCAAAAAUUUUCUUUUAAGUUGCCCAUAGUUUUGAAAACUGAUUUUAAAAGAAGGGAUAACGCUCUUUAACGUGGUAUAAGACUCUUUACUGAAAUCGAGGUACCAGUCGAAGAUUUUGGCUUUUGAAAUUUUUCAUCGAACGGAAACGUUCAAAAUAUUGAAAAUAAUGAAAAAUCUCCAAAAUACUAUAUUUUCGUUGAAACUGAGUAAAUCACCCCUUAAAAUGAGUAUAAUUAUGUACUUUUCUGAAUAAGUUAUUUGCUGUUCGCAUUACAAUUGCUUUGAUUUUUAAAACGAUUUUUUCGUGACACACCGUCUCGGGCCUGUAAAACCCGGUCCGAGAGCCGCGAAACCGAUAACCCCUCCGUACCAAGAGACUAUAAAGGGGACAGAGAGGGCAUCCCCCAUAUACACCCUAUUCCAUAGGUAAUUCGUCUCGAGUUAUUUUUAACACCACAGAUCUCAAGGGGGAUUAGACAACAGCCAAUCACAUAGCGCGAAUGUGUUCCGCGUGGAUGACCCACGCUGAGAGCCAUGCGUCCUUCACGAAAAUACGCAGAACAAAAUGGGGGAAGACGCGGAGAGCGAUUUUGCCAUUCCUUUUGUCGACGAAAACGACUACAGCGAGAUUUCUGCGAAAGCUGUGUCAGCGAAACCGAAAUUAAAAAAGAAUCGCCCUUCCUCUCUUGUAUAGAGCUAACAGUAGAGCAGGGAAAUCCUUAACACACUGAAUAUUCUUUCAGGAUCAUUUAUAAUUUACAGUUUGAAGAGAGCAAUUUCUGGUUUGAUGUUUAUUUUUUUCAGUCUUUAUAGCGAUUAUUCCUACCCACUUACUUUGUCAAUUGUAGGCGAACCCUCCUAAAGCUGAAUUUCAAGGGACCAUAUUCAAGCUCAGAAAGAGAAAUAAAAUUUCGUCGUUGCUUAUUUACGUCCUCCAUAAAACGCGAAAUUAGGCAUUUUCACGUCGUAGUCGUGCAAAAACGGGAAAGAAAUGAACAAAAAAAUAUGUUGCACGUGCGAAGUUGUUGUUUUGCUAAUUAAACCUAUUGUUUUUUUGACGUUCUAGUUGUCGUCCGCGUCGUUGGAUCUUAAACUCCCUAAAUUGUACAAACGACCGGUUUCAAUAGACCGGCGAAAUUUCUCAUUUUAUUAAAGCACUGAGGUUACGACAACUUCGAGUUAAACUGAUUUCACGGGUUGUCAAAGAGUCCAGCGAUUCCUUUUUCCCAGGUGAGCGCCGACUCAUUUCGCUGCAAUAUUCAGGAAUGCUCUCGAUCUUUUUACGCUUUCAUUGCCUCUCGCCCGACAUGUUUUGCACGGCGUUUGGUCAUGCGAAACCUGCACGAAACAUCCACGCCUCGCGCGAGGUAACUUUAUCCCGAUUCUAAAAAUAACUCUAGACGAAUUACCUAUGGAAUAGGGUGUAUAUUGGGGAUGCCCUCUCUGUCCCCUUUAUAGUCUCUUGCCCCGUACGUCUAAAAUAAUUAUCGGAUCGAAGUAAAAAUUAUAUUUAUGUUAACAGCUUACCUAGUGCUACUUUGUGAAUUUUUUUGAGAAUUUUCGAUUUUUGGCUUUUGCAGACCUCUGGUCGAUAUUUACUGACAUCCGCUCUUAAGAGGCUUUUUAGAACGCGAACGGGGAUACGUAGAUGCUCAGAAUGUAGAAUUUCAACGUGUCCACCGCACAGGAAAAACCAAAGAUGAGAAUUCUCGUCCGAUUCUUGCACGUUUCCUGAGGUAUAAAGAUGUGAAAAAAAUUUUUUCACUGGGACACCGCUUGAAAGAAUCAAAGUUUCAAAUGUUCCGAGACCUACCGACUGAAAUUGUAAACGCCGCAGGGUACAGAUGGAAACUUUUAAAACUGCUAAACGAAGAGGAAUCCCAGCGGCUUUCAGCCAAGCACAAUCAGAUAAGUUGUAUAUUAGAGGGCGCUUAUGGCCUGUAG